AUCGUACGUUUGUCAACAUAGACUCUUGUUCAUUUUAGACCGAAUCAUUCCAAGCUAAAAUGGUCUAAUGCUCUCUGUCACAUAGUCCCAUUGAUCAUCUCCUUUACAAAAUGUAGAAAGAAAGUUUGCCCUUAUUUGGAAACCUUGGCAAUAUACACUUACGCAGACAAGGCCAAAGAGUAGAGUAGAGUAGUUCUGCUCUGCCCAAAGAUCAUCAUCACAGAAAUCAGAGAGAAUCUUCCCACAGCUUUGUUUGAAAGGACAAAUCUUUUCUUGCUUUCUCAUCUAUUUAUUGCUGUCAACUCAUAUUACUGAAACAAUAAUGUAUCCACUCCUUGAUGUGAUGUGCUCCUUCUUAAAAAAUAAUGGAAAAAAGUAGGCCAACUUCACUCUUUUACUUAACCAAACAGCUCCAAGUUAUCAUUCACCAAAUUAUGCACUUCAUAGAAAAUUCAUAUCAAACCAGAUCAACAUUUGAUCAUCUUUUAUCCAUAACUAUUUUGUUUGUAAGUUGAGGCCAAACUUGGAUGAGAAGGCUUUUCCUUGUCCUUGUGGGUGGCAGCAGGCUAAAACCCAGCAGCAGAACUAUUUCCAAUCAGCUGUCAGUUUCCCCUGUCACACUGCCACCCUCCUCUGCCCUUCAGCAAGCAUUCAUUUUAUUGAUCAACCAUUCAUUUGCCUCCCCCUUCUCUCUCUCUCUCUCUCUCUCUGCGCUUCUAUUUACUGAGCGUCUCCCUGCUGAAGCUUCACGCGAACGAGAAGAGUGAUCAAGUACCCUGAAGGAAGGAAAUAGCAAGGGCUUCUUUUGCGAAAGGUUAGUGAAGAGAUCACUCACUCACUCACUCACUCGGCUGCAUUUUAGGAUUCUCGUUUGUGUUAGCCUUUUAGGAUACUUGAUCACGGCAACCCGGGAGCCGGGAAAAACCCUGUUCCUGUACAUUGCGGUUUCCUUUCUGCUGCCCAUAUGGGUUUUUUGUUGUUGCCCUACGUUGAUUUUUCUCAAGCACCCAGAAUGCAAGUUUCUAUCUUUCUCUUGUUUGCCGCUUUCUCUGGGUUUAGGGUUAGGGUUUUAGGAGCUAAGCUGGUUCGAAGAUUGUUUUAUCUCAUCAUCUCCUCCUCCCUGGUUUUUUUAUUGUUUCGAGGGAACUCAUUUUUACUGCUCUGUUUCAACUUGCUUUGAUUUUGUGGGGUAGUGAAAAUUUCAUGGGGUUUGGUUUCCUUUGCUCGUUUUGAGGAGUUGUUUUGAAGAUGAAAUUCCAAUGUGCUAAACUGUCUCCUGCUGCUGUUAUAUGCUAAAUGAACUAGUCUUUUCUUUUUUUUUUUCCUGAUCAUAAAUUUGACUUUCUUUUAGGGUGAGUGUCCCUGUGUCUGGAUCAUGGAGGGAACUGAAGUUUGCCAGACCGAGGAUGCCAUUCUUGCACUGUUUGAAAAUCUGGUUGACCUCAAGCUGCCGGCAAAAUCUGGAUCAGGAUUCACACCGUCUCUAGCUGAUGAAGAAGUCAUAGCCAAACAGAUUCAUGCGGUUGUGUUGCUGUACAAUUACUAUCAUAGGAGACAGCAUCCAGAAUUGAACUUCAUGAAUUUCGAGAGUUUCUGCAAGUUGGCUGUGAUACUAAGACCUAAUCUUCUGCCGUACAUGAAGCUUACACGAAGCUCUAAUGAUACCGUGCUGGAUGAUCUGGAAAAUCAGCUUUCUUUGACUGAGAAGAAUAUUAUGGAUGCGUGUAAUAUUGCUGUGUCUUUGGAUGCAUCCAAAGAGGCUCCUGCUGUAAAUGGAUCUACUGUUUCCAGAGUUGCAGUUCUUCUUGUGGACUCUACAAAGCAGAAAGCAUUGCUGCAGUUUGGUUCGAUCACUGACGGUGUGUGGUCUGUUGUUGAGAAGGAUGUGGCCGUUGUUGAUCUAAGUAAGGAACAUUCUGGUGACUCAAAUCUAGCUAACAAAAAGAGAAGGAUUAUUAAAGGACCUUCUCCCAAACGCGAAGAAAGUACUACUGAAGAUGGCCUAAAGAAAGCGGCUACGCUAGCUGUCAAUGAAGCCACUGGAAUUGGCCAGGAUGACCUUUGUUUCUUGGAAAGCCACAUUGUGUGUUCCGCAAGUAAAGAAAAUACUGGCAUGCGCUUUUACAUCUCACAGUACACUGAAGCAGAGAACAACAAUAGUUUGUGUCAAGUUCCCAUCAAAGAUUUGAUUAAAAGCUUGCAGGGUCCUCUAUUCUCAAAGACUUCCUUUGGAUGGAUAAUCACGCCUGUUGUUGAGUACUUUCAUUUGCUUCCUUAUGCUCGGAUUCUUGCAGACUGGAUGAACUCUGCAUGCAACCAGAGCAGCAUGAUCUCAAAAUCACCGAAGAGGAAUGAUCAAAGUGGCAUGAAAUCUAAAGCACUGAUGCCAAAGGAUGAAAAUGUGAGUUCCGAUACUUUGGUGCAGCAUCCUGAGACAGAAAAGCAGACUGAGAAUGAUGAAAGUUCAAUGAUUAGUCUGGCUAAUUUUACUGGGCCCCGGAAUAUGGAAGUGGAUGCAUUACCAGUCAUUGCUUCGCGGAACAAAGAUAUGGGUCCGAAUAUUGUCAAUGCCAAACCUGCUAACCAAAAGAUCGCUAGCUCUAACCAUGAGAGCUCAAAUGACUUGAUAAUUUUUGAUAAGGCGGAGAAGCCAAAUACUCUAGUGACACAGGAAAUUGAUAAAGGAAGAGGUAGAAAUGUUUUCAAGAGUGGCGUGAACCGCAACCACAUGGAAGUGGAUGCAUCACCAGUCAUUAAGUUGAAGAAAGAAGAGAUUUGUGGAAAUGUUGCCAAGGCCGUCAAACCUGCCUACCCAGAGAUUGAGGAGAAUGUGCUUAAGAACUCGAAAAUCUUGACAAUUUCUGAUAAGGUGAAGAAGCCAAGUACUCAGGAAAUCGCUGAAGAUAGAUGUAGAGAUGUUGUGAUAAGUGAUCAGAACUGCAGCAACAUUGCCGUGAAUCCAGAUGCAAAGCCUGCAGUUCAUCAUCUUCCUUUGGUUGAGUACAAAUGUAGUGUUCAAGAUAUCGAGAAAAUGUUCUCUCUAAUAGCUUCAAAAGACAAGGAGCUUUCUGAAGCAGCACUCAAAGUGCUAAUGGGAAAAAGAGAUAAACUGUCAUUUCAGCAACGAGAUAUAGAAGAUCAGAUUGCACAGUAUGAUAAGAAGAUCCUGAGACUUCUGAAUGGCGGUGAUGAUAUGGCACUGAAGAUAGAAUCCUUCCUCGAACUUUGCAAUGACACAUCGUUCUUGAGAACUGUGACCAGAAAGAACCAACCUUCAGCACAAAGUAACGAGAUGUUGACGUUGCUGGGAAACGGGGAAGAUGAUAGCCAUACUCCAUGUGAAGCAUUGGACAAUGUAUGCUACAAGAACAACUGGAUUUUGCCAACAUACCGCCUCCUAUCAGUAAACGGCGGGUUUGUGGCUAGCGUGAUCGUGAAAGGGGAUGAUACAGAUUGGUCCUCAACUGGUGGCGAAGUAUGUCUCAAUCCAAGGGAUGCUAGGGAGUCGGUUGCGUCGCAGAUAUUGGACAAGAUAUGCAACAGCAGCACUACCACCAUCACUGCAACAGUCGAGCACUAAGAACAGCUUUUCAACACUGUUUCUCGGUCGAUAGUCUCAUUUUGCUAACAUGCUGCAAACCUCUUUCAUAUGAUUUGGCAGCAGCAGCAGCAGCAGCAGCUGUUACAUAUAGCCUCUUUACUGUUCUUAUUGAACUCUUUUGCCUGUAAAGAGUAGAGUAAAGGGAUCCGAUAUAGGUGUUUAGUAUGCUUGAAUUCUGGCGGUUUGUGAUUGUAGUUUGCUAGUAUGUGACGAUUUAGCUUUUGUCGACGGGAUAUGCGUAUGAAAUGAAGCCUAAAUGAUCAU